CUUCGGUAGCCUCAAAGGUUAUCUCUAGUCACUCUUAAACGGGGUCCGCCCGCUUUCCUCCGUCUUCCCCCAACCCUCACUCUUCGGCUAGGCCUGCCUUUCCGCCUCCAUUUCAGCCACAACCAUCUUCUUCUUCUUCAUUAAAUUUCAUCGACCAGCAACAAAGAAACCAGAACCCACUUAGAUCUCCCUCUAUAUAACCUCUGCAAUUCAUCCCUUCUCUCAGAUCUCCCCCACUUUACUUCAUCUCUACUGUACUCGAACUUCUUCGCCCCUUUGCUCGAUUCCUUCCAUUUUGGCUUAGCUUUUGACUGAUUCUGCUGAUUCGUGUUAAUAUUGGGGGUUUGGAUUGGUUGCUGUUUCUCUUUUGAAUUUGAUUCGUUUAUGGGUCUAAUUUGUUGAAUGCGAAUUGGUAGACUUGGUUUUUGAUUUUGAUAAAGUUUCUUCUGACCAAUCCGCUUAAGAAUCUGGUUUUGGAAGUGGGUUUGGCUUUGACUACUAUUUUGCUUCCGAAACUUCUUCGAUCUUUUCGCCUUUUGACUUCGAUUUCUUUACUUGUUUCUCUUUUUCGCUGUGUUCAUUGUUUGCGGCUGCUCAUUUUCCAAGAAACAGCGAGGGGUUUUGGAAAAUAUCUGCUAGAACUCGAUUGUUGUGAUUAGCGGAUGAGGAAUAAAGAAUGAGAAGUCAUUUAGUUGUACGGUAGUGUUUUUAUUAAUACAUUAUCUACGUUGUGUUUGACUGAGCAAAACCUUUUGUAAUUGGAAGUUCUGGGUUGUAUUAAAAUCACUUGGAGGGUGAUUUUUCAUUUAGAUGUGGAGGAUUCUUUAGAUGAAAUGAGGGAUGUUAUCGGAGUUGAUGAACUUAUUGAGGGCCUGUUUUGGGCCAAGCUCCGAUCGGUCUGCAGCGGGCGAUAUCAGGGGGCGACAGGACGGGUUGUUGUGGUACAAAGAUAGUGGACACCAUUUGAAUGGUGAGUACUCAAUGUCUGUUGUUCAGGCCAACAAUUUGCUUGAAGAUCAGAGUCAGAUUGAGUCAGGCAGUUUGAGCUCAGAUGAGUCUGGUCCCUUUGGGACCUUUGUUGGUGUGUAUGAUGGCCAUGGAGGCCCCGAGACGUCGCGGUAUGUCUGUGAUCAUCUCUUCCAGCAUCUCAAGAGAUUUACUUCCGAGCAAGAUUCUAUGUCUGCGGAUGUAAUACGCAAGGCAUUUCAAGCGACAGAAGAUGGUUUUCUUUCUAUAGUCCGAAGACAAUGGUCAACGAAUCCACAAAUUGCUGCUGUUGGUUCAUGUUGUCUUGUUGGUGUAAUAUGUAAUGGGACUCUCUAUAUUGCAAAUCUAGGUGAUUCUCGUGCUGUUUUGGGUAGAAUGGUGAAGGCAACCGGUGAUGUUAUAGCCAUUCAGUUAUCGACGGAGCAUAAUGUCGCUAACGAGUCUGUGCGGCAAGAGCUGCAAUCUUUGCACCCCGAAGACUCGCAAAUUGUGGUUUUAAAGCAUAAUGUUUGGCGUGUAAAGGGCAUAAUACAGAUUUCCAGAUCUAUAGGCGAUGUCUACUUGAAAAAAGCCGAGUUCAACAGAGAGCCUCUGUAUUCAAAGUUUCGAGUUCGCGAACCCUUCAAGAAGCCGAUUUUGAGCUCCGAACCGGCCAUUUCUGAGACCCAGUUGAAGCCAGAUGAUCAAUUCAUUAUAUUUGCAUCAGAUGGGUUGUGGGAGCACCUUACCAAUCAGGAAGCCGUCAAUAUUGUUCAUAAGCAUUCUCAAAGUGGAAGUGCACGAAGACUCGUCAAAGCUGCACUUCAAAUAGCUGCAAAGAAGAGAGAAAUGAGAUACUCAGACUUAAAGAAGAUCGACCGCGGCGUUCGUCGCCAUUUCCACGACGACAUCACCGUGGUGGUUGUGUUUCUCGAUUCAAAUCUACUCUUCAGAGCCAGCUCCACAAAGAGCUCGAGUGUCUCACUACGAGGAGGUGGAGUCAACAACUGGCUCCCUAACUCUUUAGCACCCGUCCCUACGCCGACGUAGAACCCGGAAAUCCCCGAUCGGAAGGGGCAUUGGUAUGGAGUUUCUGCUGUAUUUCCCCCCCUAUGUGAAUACUAAGUUAAUUAGCCUCAUCCAUCAAAGCUCUCAACUGUGAACCUUGUAAUGUAAAACUCUUAUGUAACUCUGCCUGUUCCCACCCCCUCCCCUUUUGCCCUCUUCCUUCCACUUGAAGAAAAUUCACUGAACUUUUGUAACUAUCCUCUAUUUGAAAGACCUUAGUUUUGAAUAACUUCCAUGUAAACCCAUGUCAUGUUCUUAACAGGAAAUCAUCACUGCCUCUAUUGUUU